AUGAGACCCAUCGAAAUCGAAUUCAACCUUCCGGGAGGCAAGGACUUUUUUCAGCAGGGACUAAUCCGCCAAGCCCAACAAGUUUUGGAGUCUGCCCUGGUCAAUGCGACACAAACCGUGCCUACGUCCAAGACAGGGCUAGCUCUCGAUAAGGAGAGGGUCGAGUCUUUGGAGUGGAUAUCGCCGGAGUUUCUUACAUGGAUGCUGCAAGACAUCGGAAGCGCGAAGGGCGGGUCGUUUGUUUGGGAUUAUUUUAAACACGUAUCCAAGUCGAGCUUGAAGUAUAUGGGCUUGAGCUUGCUAUCGAACCGGGUAUCAACAGAUGAAAGGGAUAUUUUCACGGUCUGUUUGAGUGCCGCCGCGCACAAGUUUCUGGUCACCAUGCUUGCGAGCGGGGAGCAUGACGAUGAACUCACCGACCAUCUGCAACAAAGAUUGUUGAAUUACAAACGAGCUGCUCUGGCAGCUUUGGAUCGGAUACGGCUCAUGACCACUCCCUCCCUCUCGCUAUUACAGGCGAUCUUGUGCGGUAUAUUCAUCCACCAAGGAUCCGGGAACGCGCGGUUUGCUUACGAUUUGACUCGGACUGCCUGUCGGGUUGCUACUGACCUAGAGCUUCAUCUAAAUCACUCUCGACAUGGAAGGGGCUCCAGGACAGAAGAGGAAUCUUUCUGUUUGCUGUGGUGCUACAUGCUGGAUAAAAACUACGCAUGGAAAUUUGAACCUCGUCGAUGGUACUUUGACCCCGAACCAGGACUUAUUGACCAGCAUGUCGACGUCACAACUUCGGAGCUGCUCAAUAUUUAUCUCAUUAUGGCUCAAGUACAAGACGAAGCUCUAUCGCUGUCAAAGACUAUCCUUUUUAUCGAAUCGCGAUCGGCCCAACACACAUUGCGCAACUCCACUGAGUUUCUGUCAACGAAAAUGGAAAAAGUGCGCCAACGAAUUGAACAGAUAGCAUCAUCAUCCCCGACCUGCUGGAAGGGGCUUGAACCAGCCAACGAAAUCGCUGCACUCCACUUUGCCCAUAAUUCGGUUCGCACCAUGUCUCUUUAUCUAGUAUCCGAGCAAUCAGAAGGGCAGAACCUCGGCUUUGGUGAUUUAAUUCUCCGAUCUGCUCGUCAAGAAUUGUCAUCGUUGGUGGCCAUCUGUCUCAUCAGUGAAAAGAAUCGCGCCGUCGGCUUCUUGCAUUGGACCCUGAUAUACUAUCCUUUAACCGCUUGGUUUGUUCUCUUUUGCAAUACCGUCACGAGCUCCCACCGCGAGGACCUGAACCUACUUAAAACGUUGGCAACGGUUCUGAUGCCAAAUGUCUCCCUCAGUCACCCAAUUACCGUCAUAAAGCAGCUUUGUGAGGAUUUUAUAGCAUUAUCGCAAUCCCAUUUCGCCAUCUCGGGUGACGAUGCAGGUGUCGGAGUCGAGAACCCUUCGUCCUCCUUUAACACCCAAUCGCUGUGGCGUAAUGUUAGUUCUAAUCCUGCCAUCGCACCGAUACCUGCCAAUAAUGCCGCUUCUUUAACGUCGGACAUAUAUGAGAUGUGUGCUACCAACGAAGGCGAGGACUCCGCUGCCUUUGACCUGUUAUUUUCGAACCCUUUGGCUCUGGACUUCCCCGAAGAUAUUUUUCAUUUUGAUACCUCUUAA